AACAAUAAAGCAAAUUUCGCAUAAGUGCACUCCACAUUCCCAUGCAACGUACACGGGUUAAUUUGCAAAAAUACAAAUGGAACAGAGCUACAAAAAUUGUUUAGCAAAUCCGAUCCGCUUUUGCCGGGAGAAUAGAAAAAAGCAACCAAUAAUUUUUAGAAACAAUAAUUUCGCGGUAUUUUCAAUCGGAUUCACCGUAGUAAAGCCAAAAAAACGUCUAAAAUUUAUUUACAACAUUUUAAACUGCAAAUUUUGCAAAUCUGGAUGAAACUAGCGAAGUUAUGAUUGCCGCCUCUGAACCUUUGGAGUUCAUUCCUCGGGGUCGUCAGGCGGUUGAGGAGCAUCCAGGUCCCACUGAUGUAAAACAGCACAACCACUUGCCUACCGAGCAUGUGCUGCUACAACGCAUGCAAAAUGUAAACAUUUCCGCUUCAGAUGAGCAUAACGAAUUCUGGUGUGUACGAGAAAUUUUCGAGGACUUAAACGAUAAAACCGGAGUGCAUACCAAUCAGUGUAAUCAACAAAAAGAUGGGCAAAAAAAUAGAACUGACCAUGAAAAGUCGAAUGACAAUAGUAGCAGUGGAAGCGCCGAAUAUUUAUUGCAGCAACAGCGCGCAGCCUAUGCAGACGUUGAUUACAUGUGCGAGUACUUGGUCAAUUCCGAAGAGGAACUAUACGUAAAAAAGCAUACAGCAGUGUGGACAAAAGGCCUGCUUGACGAUAAUAGUAUAAUGCCACGCUUGUGCUUCACUUGCGAGUCACCAAUCAAAUUUGCGUUUUUCUGCAACAAGUCCUUUGUAACUAGCAGCCGAAAUAGGCGAACCAACAAUAAUAAUAGCAGUAACAUAAAGUUGGAUACAGAAGAGGAUGAAGACUAUAGUGCUAUUUGCUUGAUUGAUCAAACAGCACUCCGCAUCUACUGCAGCAAUGGCGAGGACUUCCUUUGCAAUCUCGAGUUUCCUGUAUCGCAUGUGUGGCCCACAUCGUAUGGUAUUCUAUUGGAGAAAGUAGCCUCAAGCGCUGUUAUCCAAAAUCAUGCCAUUUCAAUGCCACGCCUAUUCUCGCUCGCGCAUCCGUUAGAUGAAAUUUGUCCAGUUCUCUGCAAAUCAGCUACAAAUGUUGUUGGUUAUCUUGUAGAGUCCGAUUAUAGCAUAAUAUUCACUUCGGAGAAUUCAGAGCUGGUACUACUGUAUGACAACAAAAUUGGAAAACAAUUUAUUUCACGACUUCGGAAGGCAACUGAGGAGGAAAUACAGUAUGUGAGUGCGCAAAAUGAAACUGCGCUCACUGGCAUUGUCGGCGGACUGCCACAUAAUUCUAUAAAUCGGGGUGCUGCUGGAGGUAUUGGCGGUCCAGCUACGUCAAAACACAGUACAGCACAUUUAGGACGUUCCAGCUUAGGAAAUCCUAACUAUUCGGCGCAUAUUGGCAAGUUUUUGUCUAGUGCUCACUCAUUGAGCGGAGUAUUCGGAAGUUUAAAUCGGACUGCUCCGCCUUUGAAUCAUCUACAAUCAUCAAUCGGUCAACACUCAAUAUCUAUGCAAGACAUACGAAAAGUGGGUCAGGCUCAACCUUCAAAACCCAUAGUGCCGGAAUUAUGUUUGGAGCAUAUGUGGACUGAAACCACAUAUGGCAAUACGAACCGCGAAUUCGGUGAAAUCUCUAGUCGUGCUUUCAUACACACUGACCUAGUGGCCCAAACUUACCUCUGCUACUUGCUACCAUUUUCGUGCAAACUGCAACUCGUCCGGCUAAGCAAUUAUGGCACAAAGGAUUUGCAAAUAUCCCAUAAAUGUUUAUCCAUUCCAGCCAAGGAUGCGGUUUCUUUAGAGCGCCUACGCAUGAUUGCCGUUUUGGAUCCCUCUGGCAGUUUGAUAUUAUAUACGGGUGCAGUGCUUGUCGCUAAAGUACAUGUAGCUGCAGCUAUGGGCAGCACCAGCGUAUGUUCUGGCGCAGGUAAUGUGACGCCCANUGAACAGGAGUGGCAUAUUUUUCGUAAUCUACUAACUGAUUUAAUGGGCUGUGGUGCGGCUACACAUGAGGCCACCACCAACGUGUCGGCCUCUUUCAAUGCAGAAGAACCGAAAAAGCGGCGCAAAAAUGAUGAAAUCACUGAAGGUACCAAUGAGGAUUGGGAAUUCAUGCUGGCUGUGCUCAAUGAAGAUGGCGCUGGUAGUAGCGGCGGUGUGAGCGCCAACAUGAAGAUGGAAACGGAGCAAAUAGCGACUGCGGCUGUGGCGAGCAAUGUCGAUACAAGCGCUUGUUUAUUCAACACUAUACCAGCCAUCUUCUAUGGUUUCCACUUGCUUUAUGAAGAUUUUAAGUUGGACGAAACGAUGCAUGAUUGCCUGCCGUAUUUGGCAAAGUUUUUACAUCAAUUUGCACUCGAUAUGCAACUGACAAUGUAUGUAUUUCAUUAUACGUUGGAUUUUCCACACUUAGUGCACUCUAUGGCGAAAUUGUGUCAGCUUACCGAAGAACAUGCGGCUCUAAUGACUCAUAAGGAGCUACUACAGGUACCUGCGCCAAGCGUUUACAAGCAGGUGGAACAUAUUUUAAAAGACAAAGACACCCUACAGUAUACCUUUGUAGACGGGCUCAACGAUAUGAGCCGAAAUGUGCUACAGGUGGUUUCUCUAAUAAUGCACGGCAAGAAGAAAAUUAAAGAAUGGAUCAAACCUUUAGAAUUCGUUGACUCAGUCCAAACGUAUUAUCCUAAGCGCCCUAAGCGUUUU